AUGCCUCUUAGAUACCAGAAUCAUAUCACGAGCUUAGUUGACAGCCGAAUCAUGGAACCAGAUUCACUCCAAAAUUACAACAUUCCAGAAAGAUUACAGCAUUGGGCAAAGAUUCAUCCGAAUUCAGAAGCCUUUGUGUUUGUUGAUAAGGAUGGUUUGAGGACCUCUCUAACGUGUAAGGAGAUUUUAGACCAGUCUGUGUAUUUCGCCAGGCAGCUUAGGAAACUGGGUAUACAGCCUGGAGAAGUUAUUUGUAGUCUGUUGCCCGAUUCCCCACACGGAUUCAUCGUGUUUUUUGGCACCAUCCUUGCAGGCUGUGUCAUUCUAAAUGGGAAGCUUCAACUUAAAGAUGGCUCUUAUUUGAUCGAGAACAUCAACAAAACAAAAAGUCCACUUUUGAUUUUAUCGUCUGAUCCUAAAGACGAAUGUAGGAAAUUAUUUUCAGAGCUAAUCGACAAUGGAGACGGCACUAAAGUUUCUUCUAAGACGCUUCCAUUUAUCAAGCAUGUCCUGUACACAGAGGUUAACCGAAGUAUUGGAUUCAAAUGGACCAAUCAACUACUAGAAAAUGACGACACAGAAGAUGAUGUCAUUUGUUACGAUGGUAACGCCGAUGCACUCUUAAUGUUGUCGUCUGGGACAACUGGUAUGCCCAAAAUGAUGGUUCAUUCCCAUUUGUUGAUGAAAUACUUCAUGGAGCCUGUACAACCGAAAUGUAGAAACGGGAUGUUGAAUUCUUACUCAUUAACAUGGAUACCAGGUUUACUAUACCAUUAUCUAUCUACAGGCUUGAAAUCUGUUUACAUAGACCAACGAAACCCUCCUUUAAUUCCUUCCAUUGGCCAAUUUCUUUAUGACCUCCUUAGUCAAGAAAAAUGCGAUUUACUGUCAAUAGAAUUUACUGUUUUAAUGAACUUUUUCAAAGUGAUAGAAAAUAAAGGAAAACCAAAUGACUGGCCGGAACACAUUGAAUGUAUUCUUUUGGGUCGACCACUUUCUUCCGCCAUCGUUGAUCGCUGUCUAUCUCAUUGCGAUGUUGUAUACAAUUUAUACGGGGCUGAGGAAACUACUAAUAACACCUGUAAAUCAAUUAGCAAAAAUACACCAUAUGAAGAUUUUAACACAGGUGUAGCCCUUGCCGGGGUCGAGAUUAUCAUCAGGGAUAAGAAUAAUGUCCCGGUACCCCCCGGGACUAUCGGCAAUAUCUAUGUCAAAACAAAGGGGUUACUGAAAAGAUAUUUCGGAGACGAAAAACUGACUAAUGACGCCUUUGACUCUGACGGAUUUUUCAAUAUGAAUGAUGCCGGAUACUUCAAUAAAGAUGACGAACUGAUAGUUUUUGGUCGAACAAAAGACGUCAUAGUCCGAGGUGAAGACUAUUUUCAUCCUACUUGGAUCGAACAAGUCAUCAGACGAUGUCCAGAAGUUCAAGACGUCAUGGUAGUAAAAGUCCCGGAUGUUAUGUUUGAUCAAGAGAUAUGCGCAUGCGUUGUGCUGGUUCCUGGAUCAAAAUACAGCGUGGAACAAAUAGAAGAAUUCUGCAAGAAUAGUUUUGUUCCUACAGAUCUAGACAAUGUACCAGCAUGUCCACGAUAUUUUAUUUUAAUGGACAAGAUUCCUGUCAAUCGGAAUAGAAAACCAGAUAGAAUGGCCACGGAGAAAUACGCUAAACAUUAUUUAAAUCUCUAAACCUAAACUAUAUUCUUGUAUUUAUAGUCUCUAAUAUAAUAAAUAUUAAAAUAAUC